GAUCGCAAUCAAAUCCGGUUACAAAGGGUGGCUUCAACAACACCCCAAAGAAGGAGCAUCUCACCAGCACAAUGUAAGGCAACAAGGAGUCAGAGCUGUAAGAGGCUUACAAGGUCAUUACAGUCCCGCUCACCAUCCCCAACCCCAAGAAGGCGUCUCCAUGAACUCUGCAGAGAUAACCACCAGCAGCCAUCCUCCCUGAACCUGAGAGCUGUUAAGUUCAAACCAGAAGUGGACCACCGGCCACCUUUUGUAGUUAGGCAUGUUGAUGCUUCUAAAGCAUUUGCUGAAGAAGCCCAGUCUCCCUUAUUGUAUCAAAAUGCAAGACAGGGUGCAAGCACAUCAAGAAAUCCUCCCAAAUACCAACUGAAACGAGCAUUAUCGUUUGAUAGCUGGAAAACAGCAUGUCCAGCUGCUAAGGUUAUCAGAGAGCCAUUUGAAGACCAUAGUUCAGACUGUGAGUCAUCAUCUCAUGAAACAAGGGCAUCUGCUGCCACCUAUGCAUGGAACAGCUCUGGUCUUUGCCAAAGAAGUUCGUCCCCAAAAUAUUAUGGGUCAUACAGUCCUAGUGGAAGAUGGGCAUCUCCCCAGCACAGGAUAUACUCCAGCCCUAAUUCCAGCUGGGAGGAGAUUAAUGAGAGAGUGAGGAAUCUGCUUACCUCCGAUGAGGCCAGGCAAAGACUUUCCAUUGGAGCCACUGAUUUUGAGAUUGAUGAUGUCCUUGAAAGAAGGUCCAUCUCUUUGAGGAGAUCCCCACACUGUGACUCAACAGAACAGAGAUACAGCUUGUAGUUAUGGUUGGCAAGAAAGAAUGCCACAGCUUUGAGAUAUAGACUGGAAGACUUACUGCUGGCAAGACCUUCGUUGCAGAGUGAAGAAGAUGGAUAGUUCAUUUUCAGCAUGAAGUUGUGUCAACACUGAUUUGAACACAAGUUACUGCUGUAUGGCUGUGUUGA